AUGCAGUACAGAUUUGCAAAACAAUUUUUGCAUUUGUUCGUGGCGUGGCAUUUGGAUGAAUCUCACUUUGAACUGUUAUCUUUUGAGGUACACGAGACAAGAUCACGCACGCUUGCAGCUUCCCAAGAAGAUGGGAAGGCUGACCCGAAAAAGCAGAAGACAGAAAGCAAAGAGCAGGAAGAAGGCGAGGAUGUGCCCUCCAAGAACAAGAAGUCAGCCGAUAACGAAGUGCACGAUGGGGAGGAGGAGGCGCCAUCAAAGAGCAAGAAGCACAAAGCGGAAGAAUCUGACCUGAAUGGGAAGGCAACCGCCGUGAAGGAGUUCGCUGAAUUCUGUAAAGCCACGAGGGAACACCUCACGGUCGAGGACAUGCGCAAGAUCCUUCAAGCCAAUGAACAGGAUGCAUCUGGAUCAGAAGAUGCAGUUGUUCCAAGAUGUGAGGAUGUGAUGUUUUAUGGGCCCCUUGACAAGUGCCCGGUAUGCGGUGGUCAGCUCGAGUGCAAGGGAUCGAAAUACAAAUGCACCGGGACUUACAGUGAGUGGGCAAGUUGCAGCUACAGUACCAUUGAUCCUUUGAGGAGAAGAGGCCCUAUAAAGGUCCCUGAUGAUGUCAAAAAUGACUUCGUGCGCAAGUGGCUGAAGCAGCAUGAAGGGAAGAAGUAUCCUAAACGUGAUAUGGAUAUAGAUGCCCAUAUCUUCUCGGGCAUGAUGAUUGCAUUAUCUGGACGGAUGUCACACUCACAUGCUUAUUUCAAGGAGCAGAUUUUGAAGCAUGGGGGAAAGGUUAACAAUUCUGUCGUUGGUGUCACCUGUGUAGUGGCUUCCCCAGCCGAGAGAGAUCAAGGUGGCUCAGGAGGAUUUGCCGAAGCACUGGAGCGUGGAACUCCUGUUGUGAGUGAGAAUUGGAUAAUUGAUAGCAUCCAGAAGAAGGAAAGGCAACCUUUGGCUGCUUAUGAUAUUGCAUCUGAUGUUGUUCCAGAAGGCCGGGGGCUGCCUCUGGGCAAGCUUGAUCCAACUGAGGAGGCUGUUGAGACCUUAGCUGCAGAGGUUAAACUUACAGGCAAAAGAGCAGUGUACAAAGAUUCUAAAUUGGAAAAAGAUGGCGGCCAUAUCUAUGAGAAGGAUGGCAUCAUCUACAACUGUGCCUUUUCCAUGUGCGAUCUAGGAUGUGAUAUUAACCAGUUUUGCAUUAUGCAGUUGAUCAUCAUACCCGAGAACCGUUUACACCUAUACUACAAGAAGGGCCCUAUUGGACAUGACCAGAUGGCAGAGGAACGGGUUGAAGAUUUUGGUAGUCGUGUCAAUGAUGCUAUCAAGGAAUUUGUCCGCCUUUUUGAGGAGAUCACUGGAAAUGAAUUCGAACCAUGGGAGAGAGAGAAGAAAUUUGAGAAGAAGAGUACGAAAAUGUUUCCCUUGGACAUGGAUGAUGGUGUUGAUGUGCGCCAUGGUGGUGUGGCUCUUCGUCAGUUGGGGCUUACUGCAGCACACUGCAAGCUUGACCCUUCUGUUACUUUUAUCAUGAAACAGCUAUGCAGCCAAGAAAUCUAUAGGUAUGCUUUGACGGAGAUGGGCCAUGAUUUGCCUGACCUUCCUAUCGGAAUGCUUACAGAUCUCCAUUUGAAACGAGGGGAGGAGAUUCUACUUCAGUCGAAACAAGAUGCUGAGUCGGUUCCAGAGUCUGGGCCUGUUGCUGAUGCAUUUUGGAUAGAGAUGAGCAACAAGUGGUUCACCCUAUUCCCCACAACUCGUCCGUAUACGAUCAGGGGAUAUGAACAGAUUGCUGACAACGUGGCUUCUGGUUUGGAGACUGUUCGUGAUAUAAAUGUUGCUUCACGUCUCAUAGGGGAUACGUUUAGCUCAACCUUGGAUGAUCCACUGUCUCAAUGCUACAAGAAACUCGGCUGUUCCAUCAGUCGUGUUGCUGACGAUUCAGACGACUACAAGAUGAUCCUGAAAUAUCUGGAGAAGACCUAUGAACCUGUCAAGGUUGACGAUGUGGUUUAUGGUGCUACCGUUGAGCGUAUAUAUGCGGUUGAAUCCAGUGCGCUUCCUUCUUAUGGUGAAAUAAAGAAACAUCCUAACAAAGUUCUCCUCUGGUGUGGAACGAGAAGCUCAAACUUGCUCAGGCAUCUGCACCAAGGUUUCUUGCCUGCCGUGUGCCAUCUUCCUGUGCCGGGAUACAUGUUUGGCAAAGCCAUAGUCUGCUCAGACGCAGCGGCCGAGGCCGCGCGCUACGGCUUCACGGCGGUGGAUCGUCCGGAGGGUUACUUGGUCCUGGCGGUGGCCUCUCUGGGGAAAGAGAUCCAGGAGAUAACAGGCACACCGGGCACAGAGGACGUGAAACGCAUGGAGGAGAAGAAGAUGGGCGUGAAGGGGGUCGGGAGGAAGACGACCGACGCGUCGGAGCACUUCACCUGGAGGGACGGCGUGACGGUGCCGUGCGGCAAGCUGGUGCCGUCGGGGAAUAAGGGCGGACCGCUCGAGUACAACGAGUACGCCGUGUACGACCCCAAGCAGGUGAGCAUCGCGUUCCUCGUCGGGGUGAAGUACGAGGAGCAGAACAUGGAGGUGGUGGCGGACGAGUGAGCGCCGCCGGCGCCCGUUCGUCGGCCGGUGGGUGAAACCGACCGGGUGAGCGCAAGGUUCUCUGCGUUCAAGCUAGACUAGUAGUACUUAGCAGUGUCAGUGAUGCAUUUUGCGUAGUGGUGGAUGCGUGAGUAGUUGGGACGCAUUUUGCGGCGCGGGAGCAUGUGCUGGAGCCGGCAGCGACGACGUGCCCGGCGCCGGUCGAUGGUGGCGGCCCUAGUUUUCUUCUCUUCGUUACGUCGUUGCCGGUGUGUGUAGGCGCGCUCCGUAGGCUGGAAAGAACACCAUGUACCCGUGUCACAGUGUCGACUUGUACAUAUUUGUCGUGUGAUCGUAAUGGGACGUCAGGU